UCCAGAUCUCCUAACAUGAUGCUCUGCUCCGGACUCAGCAGCACACUGUGCUUUUUGGCCCCAGGUGGUCCUAUGGGCCCAGGUGGUCCUAUGGGCCCAGGUGGUCCUAUGGGCCUAGGUGGCCCUAUGGCCCCAGGUGGACCUAUGGGCCAAGGUGGACCUAUGGGCCCAUUCCCGCCGACCUUCAUGUCCACAGCGAGGGUGAUCACCUGUGACAGCCUUGACAAUGUGCAACGCCUGAGCUGUGAUAAUGGAGUGAUCAUCGUGCAGGCAGCUAUGUACGGGCGGACAGAUGCAGAAAUCUGCAGUGAUGGCAUUCCUGCAGAUCAGCUUGCGAAUACACAGUGUUUCCAGAUAGACACUCUGAAAGACGUCAAGAGCAGAUGUGAUGGCAAGAAGGUGUGUGAAAUAAGUACAAACUCCUUCCGUACUUCUGAUCCGUGCUCCGGCAUUUACAAAUACUUGGACACCACCUACACCUGCUUCCCAGCGAUCCACAGUGUAACUUGUGACGAUUCUCUGGCAAACCUUCAGUGCGGUGAAGGCCAGGUUUUACUCAUCCACGGAGCUGAUUACGGGCGCCGUGAUUCGACCACAUGCUCUUUGAAUCUUCCAGCCUCUCAGCUCCAAAAUGUCCAAUGCUCAAAGCCCAUAAGCAUUUUAGCUGACAGCUGUAACGGGAAAAGCAACUGUACUGUUAAAGUGAGCAGCUCUGUGUUUGGAGACCCGUGUUUUGGCACCUACAAGUACCUGGAGAUGGCUUACAGCUGUCACUUUGGUUUUCCAGAUCACUGAAUGGAGGAAAUCGCUGACAUCCAAAUAGCAUCAACGUCUAUGUUCUUUGAAGAAAAUGUGCAAUGAAUCAAUUAUGAAUCAAAAAGAAAAAGAUAAUUCAACAUCCUGUGCAACGUCUGGUCAAAAAUACGAAGAUACUGAUUUUACAUGCACAUCAGAUUCUUUCCAGACCUGUUAAGUUGUGGUCUGCGGUGUCCACAUACACUUGGCCUUUAAGACGUUUCAGAUAAUGAAUGAUUUUAAAUGUAAAACUGAUUUAACACUGAUUGUCUUAAAUGAUUUCUUCUUUUUUCCCCUUGUAUUCUUACGCCUGCUUGACUCUUAAAUUUGCCUUCAAUAAUAAAAUAAUGAAACGUA